GCCGAUAUCUCGUAGGCUAUGUUGAGGAUUCAGAGGCUGGAUCUGACUGUGACUUAAGCUUUCUGAGCCUCAGUUUCCUCAAGAAUAUAAAGGGACCGACGGUAACAGCUCCUUCCCUGGGUGGUGGUGAAGAGCCAAGGAGCUACUGCGUCCGUAGUGUAGGGGCGGCCUUUAAGACGACCGUCCUGCCUGCGCGCGCGUGCUGUGCGAAGCCUGGGAUCCCUGCGGGAGCGUCGGAGUCUCAGGGAGUGCAGGCUGUCAGAGGGGCCGGACGCCUGAGCACACGGUGCCUCCAGGAUAAUGGGAGCCAUGACGGAGGAGGGCCCAGCGCUCGCCACCGCCCCCGGGCCCAGAGGCCAUGGCCUGCCUCCAUGAGACCCGCACGCCCUCCCCUUCCUUCGGGGGUUUCGUGUCCACCCUAAGCGAGGCGUCGAUGCGCAAGCUCGACCCGGACACUUCCGACUGCACCCCGGAGAAGGACCUGACGCCUACCCAGUGUGUACUUCGAGAUGUGGUGCCGCUCAGUGGGCAGGGUGGGGGCGGCCCCAGCCCCUCCCCAGGUGGAGAGCCGCCCCCUGAGCCUUUUGCCAAUAGUGUCCUGCAGCUGCACGAGCAGGAUGCGGGGGGCCCCGGGGGAGCCACGGGGUCGCCUGAGAGCCGCGCGUCCCGCGCCCGAGCCGACGAGGUGCGGCUGCAGUGUCAGAGCGGCAGCGGCUUCCUGGAGGGGCUCUUCGGCUGCCUGCGCCCCGUCUGGACCAUGAUCGGCAAAGCCUACUCCACAGAGCACAAGCAGCAGCAGGAAGACCUUUGGGAGGUCCCCUUUGAGGAGAUCCUGGACCUGCAGUGGGUGGGCUCAGGGGCCCAGGGCGCCGUCUUCCUGGGGCGCUUCCACGGGGAGGAGGUGGCUGUGAAGAAGGUACGGGACCUGAAGGAGACGGACAUCAAGCACCUGCGGAAGCUGAAGCACCCCAACAUCAUCACCUUCAAGGGCGUGUGCACCCAGGCUCCCUGCUACUGCAUCCUCAUGGAGUUCUGCGCCCAGGGCCAGCUGUAUGAGGUACUGCGGGCUGGCCGCCCUGUCACCCCCUCAUUGCUGGUUGACUGGUCCAUGGGCAUCGCCGGUGGCAUGAACUACCUGCACCUGCACAAGAUUAUCCAUAGAGACCUCAAGUCCCCCAACAUGCUAAUCACGUACGACGAUGUGGUGAAGAUCUCCGAUUUUGGCACUUCCAAGGAGCUGAGUGACAAGAGCACCAAGAUGUCCUUUGCAGGGACGGUAGCCUGGAUGGCCCCUGAAGUGAUCCGCAACGAGCCCGUGUCCGAGAAGGUCGACAUCUGGUCCUUUGGUGUGGUGCUAUGGGAACUGCUGACUGGUGAGAUCCCCUACAAAGACGUAGACUCCUCAGCCAUCAUCUGGGGUGUGGGAAGCAACAGUCUCCAUCUGCCUGUGCCCUCCAGCUGCCCAGACGGCUUCAAAAUCCUGCUUCGCCAGUGUUGGAACAGCAAACCAAGAAAUCGUCCGUCAUUCCGCCAGAUCCUGCUGCACCUGGACAUCGCCUCAGCUGACGUCCUCUCCACGCCCCAGGAGACUUACUUUAAGUCCCAGGCAGAGUGGCGUGAAGAGGUAAAGCUGCACUUUGAAAAAAUUAAGUCAGAAGGGACCUGUCUGCACCGCCUAGAAGAGGAGCUGGUGAUGCGGAGGAGGGAGGAGCUCAGACACGCCUUGGACAUCAGGGAGCACUAUGAACGGAAGCUGGAGAGAGCCAACAACUUGUACAUGGAACUUAAUGCCCUCAUGUUGCAGCUGGAGCUCAAGGAGCGGGAGCUGCUCAGGAGAGAACAAGCUUUAGAGCGGAGAUGCCCAGGUCUGCUUAAGUCACACCCUUCCCGAGGCCUCCUGCAUGGGAACACGAUGGAGAAGCUCAUCAAGAAGAGGAAUGUCCCACAGAAACUGUCACCCCACAGUAAAAGGCCAGAUAUCCUCAAGACUGAAUCUUUGCUACCUAAACUUGAUGCUGCCCUGAGCGGGGUGGGGCUUCCCGGGUGUCCUAAGGGCCCCCCCUCACCAGGACGGAGUCGUCGUGGCAAGACUCGUCACCGCAAGGCCAGCGCCAAGGGCAGCUGUGGAGACCUGCCUGGGCUUCGUGCAGCUUUGCCACCCCAUGAACCUGGGGGACUAGGAAGCCCAGGGGGGCUAGGAGGGGGACCCUCAGCCUGGGAGGCCUGCCCUCCGGCCCUGCGUGGGCUCCACCAUGACCUCCUGCUUCGAAAAAUGUCUUCAUCAUCCCCGGAUCUGCUGUCAGCAGCACUGGGAGCCCGGGGCCGCGGGGCCACAGGGGGAGCUGGGGAUCCUGGCUCACCGCCUCCAGCCCGGGGAGACACCCCGCCAAGUGAGGGCUCAGCACCUGGCUCCACCAGCCCAGAUUCACCUGGGGGAGCCAAAGGGGAGCCACCUCCACCAGCAGGGCCUGGUGACAUUGUGGGGCUGCUGGGAACUGGAAGGGAAGGGACGGCGGGACGGGGAGGAAGCCGGGCUGGGUCCCAGCACUUGACCCCAGCCGCGCUGCUGUACAGGGCUGCCGUCACCCGGAGCCAGAAACGUGGCAUCUCAUCAGAGGAAGAGGAAGGAGAGGUGGACAGUGAGGUAGAGCUGCCCUCAAGCCAGAGGUGGCCUCAAGGCCUGAACAUGCGCCAGUCACUGUCCACCUUCAGCUCAGAGAAUCCAUCUGAUGGGGAGGAGGGCACGGCCAGUGAGCCCUCCCCCAGUGGCACACCUGAAGUUGGCAGUACCAACACUGACGAGCGGCCAGAUGAGCGGUCUGAUGACAUGUGUUCCCAGGGCUCAGAAAUCCCACUGGACCCACCUGCAUCAGAGGUGGUUCCUGGCCCCGAACCCAGCUCCCAACCCAUCCCACACCAGGACCUACCCAGAGGGGAGCAGGGCCCUCCCAAUAACGAGGACUCAGACUGUGACAGCACUGAACUGGACAACUCCAACAGUGGUGAAGCCUUGCAGCCUCCAGCCUCCCUCCCUCCAUGAAAGCCACUCUUACUCCUGUACAUAGAGAAAUUAUUUAUAUAAAUAAUAUAUAAGCGCCACAUAAUCAACAGAGAAAGAUGGGGCUGUCCCAGCCUUAAGUCAGGCUCAAGGGAGUCUGACCCCUGACCAAUUCACCUGAUAAAUUCUAGGGCUACCGGCAGCUGUGGAAAUGGACAAGUAUUACCCUAGAGCUGUGGGUACGGGCAAACUGGCCCCUUCCUGCUUCACCCCAUUAUGUUCAGCGAGCGGUAAGGCAAUAGAAAAGCCAGACUUGCCUCUUAUGUUCCUCUAUACUCUUUUCCCCCUAACCCUGGGGAGGAGGAAAGGGAGCCACUUAGACUGCACUUUUUUGUUUUCCGUUUACUCUGUUUACACAUUUUGCACUUGGGAGGAGGGAGGCGAAGGCUGGGUCCUCCCCUCUGAGGUUUCUCAGGUGGCGAUGUAACUAAUUUCUUUGUCCCUCCAUUUCUCUGCCCAAGCCCUGGCUUAGGGCCUAGGGGGAGCUUAGGAGAUUGUGAAAGCAUGUGAUGGCUCAGGCUGAAGAAAGGGGAUGAUGUUUUAAGUCCCUGCUUUUAUCCUGGCGCCUGACUGGGGUGGGGACUGUCAUAUUGUAACCCCUGUGAAAAAAUCUUAAAAUAUAACCACUCCAUGCAGGCCCA